CUCUGCCUGGCACGGCUCGGCUCGGCUCGGUUCGGCUCUGCCCGGCCCGGCUCGGCUCUGCGCGGCUCGGCCCCGCCCCACCCCGCGGGCGGUCACUGCGGCGCAGUCGCGGCGCCGCCAUCGCGGGCAGAUGCAGGCGAUCAAGUGUGUGGUGGUGGGCGACGGAGCUGUAGGGAAGACCUGCUUGCUGAUCAGUUACACCACAAAUGCCUUUCCCGGAGAAUACAUUCCCACCGUGUUUGAUAAUUAUUCUGCCAAUGUGAUGGUAGAUGGAAAGCCAGUGAACCUGGGCCUCUGGGAUACAGCAGGGCAAGAAGACUAUGACCGACUGCGGCCUCUUUCCUAUCCACAAACGGAUGUUUUCUUGAUCUGCUUCUCCCUUGUGAGUCCAGCCUCCUUUGAGAAUGUCAGAGCUAAGUGGUACCCUGAGGUCCGACACCAUUGCCCAAACACACCUAUUAUCCUGGUGGGCACCAAGCUGGACUUGAGAGAUGAUAAGGACACUAUUGAGAGGUUACGUGAUAAGAAACUGGCCCCCAUCACCUAUCCUCAAGGCUUGGCCAUGGCUCGGGAGAUUGGGUCGGUAAAGUACCUUGAAUGCUCUGCCCUGACACAGCGGGGCUUGAAGACGGUGUUUGAUGAAGCCAUCCGGGCUGUGCUCUGCCCACCGCCUGUGAAGAAGCCUGGCAAGAAGUGUACCAUGUUUUGAGGGCUGUGGCCUAGGUGUUGGCUCAGCAUGCUGUCAUCAGAUUGCAUAUUAAGCUGGGUGUUUCUGAAGGGGGCUGGGAUGUGUAGGGCCCUUCAUCAUGUACGAAGUCAGUGUUUUUUAAAUGUCUCUUUGAUUUAACGUCAGUGUUGAUGUGAAGGGGCAGUGGGGACAGGAUACCAGCUGGGGACUAUACAGCCCCCAGGGGAGGUACAGUGGGGAAGGCAAGGUAGCUCCUUCGGGCAACAAGCUGUUUUGGCUCUCCUGAACUCCAAGUGGAAAGGCUGAGAGAUCCAUCCUGUUCUGGAAACACCUGUUUUCAACCUGCAGGUGAAAUGGGUGGUGAACAUCCCGGUGGGAGUGGGGAGGGAGCUGAUUUCAAUGGUGCUGAAAGACAAGAAUAGCUGGGACGGUAGUAGAGUCUCCUUAUCCAGCCUGCUGUGGCUAAUAGUUAACAAACUGGUGCUCUAGCAGAAUGUUCCUGAGACUGUUAAAGAGAUCAUAAGCAGCCCUGGAAGGGGUCAAAGUAAAUUAAAAGCUGAAAAAUGAAUCAUUAGGUGCUUUAUUGGGUACUAGCCAAACUCUUUGAGUGAAACAGCUCUGUGCAAUCAAUGCAUUUGCCUUUUUGUGUGUGCACACCCUACAUGGUGCUGCUCCCCCCCAAUAGUCUUUAGCAGGGUCUCCCCCCAAAAUCCAGUCUCUGCAGAGCAGGGCUGGGGUUGUUGCCUCUAUUUUUUUUUUCUACUAAAGACAACAAAGGAAACAAUGAGGAGUCUGCUAACUUCUUUCCCUUCCCACUGAAAAUGCAGACAGACUCUGGAUUUGAAUGGAACAGGGAGAGCUUCUGAAGGGUUGUGGGGGGGGAACAGGGUUGGAAGAAAGGUCCAAUUUCUAAUCAUCAUGUAGAGUGACAAGAUAAAACCUUAUUUGGUGCAAUAAACAUUCUCCAUGAAGGUGUAUGUGAACUUUA